UCACGGACAGUGCGAGUUUUAACAUUUGCCGCGACGACCAAGAGGAUCAUGGCAACUACCUCGGUACUAUGAACAAUGCAGAGGAGCGCCAAGAAGUAAAGGAAAACGGAGAAGAACUUCUACCCUGGGCAGCUGCUGCUUUACUCCCGGGCACGACCGCAGCGACUGCUGAGGUUGUGACGCUGGAUAGAAGUUCUUGUCACUACGGACACGGUGCGGCUGGUAGUUCAUUCGAAGAGGAGAGCAGGGAUUCAAACAAGAUUGAUUUCCCAGAUUAUGAUCAAGAUCACGACCACGCCGACGACGACAAUCUGUGGGGUAAGCGUGCGGAUUCGAAAUCUAGCAUUCACGAUGGACACCUUCAUGCUAGUGCGACGAUGAGAAACAGUAGGAACAACAGCAGUCAUCUCGAGUCGCCCACUCUGCCCCUGGUGUUAUCUUCUCCGCCUGGAAGAACAAGUGAACUCAACCGCCGGCCAGACCCCCCUACCACAGCCCCACCGCCGUACAGCUCGAUCCUAUCGCAGCAAGACAUUCCGUCGCCCAUGACCAGCCCGGCGAUAGCGCUACGGCGGCCGAGUGCAGAAACGCCGGUCGACCGUGUAGAGGAUGAUGAUGCUGAUGCCGGUGGUUCAG